AUGGCUGAAAACAUAAGUCGGGAAUUGCACGAUGUGUUUUGGGCAAAUUCGAUCCCUGUAUACACAAGCUAUCGAUCAAAUACUGAGGAACAAUAUGGCGACGAUCGGUGGAAGCCUAUAGCACCCCCCGAUGAAGUUGAAGGAUGCAAAAUUCUCCAUGCUUACUUUAAACACAUACAUAUACGUCUGCCAUUCAUGAGGCGUAAGGAGAUUCUGAGGCUGCAUCGAUCGAGGCACGAUCUGGUGGCCCCAGCUUCGAAGGACUGUGUGGGCUCUUUCAAACUAUUCCUUGUCUACGCAACUGGAUCCAGCAUUCUUCGCAUGACAGGAGCCGACAUAAACACUGCACCAGAGGUAUUUGGCAGGAUGGCUCUACGAUUUGAGUCUGCCUUGACUGGGUCUGGCUGGCGUGACAGGGCAGAGAUGCUGAUGUUGUUGAUCGUCUACAAUCUGCGGUCGUCUUCUAGCUCGAAGAUUUGGCACUGGCUGGGACAAGCCAUGCGCAUUUGUACCGACACCGGACUGCAUUGCAAGUAUCAUUAUCAGCAAAUCGGACCAAAUGAGGCACAGCUGCGGCUACGUUUAUUCUGGAGCAUCUAUCUGGUGGAGAGAUACUUCUGUUGGUCGACCGGUCGACCUUUUAGUAUUAGCGAGUCGGAAAUCGAGGCGGAAACUCCCAUCGAGCUCGAAAGUGAUAUUGCAACGCUGGAUGAUGAAACGGAACUAAUAGCCCUCGGAGAGAGCUCUGCCGAUCACGCGGUCUGCGACAUCUGUACGCCCUCCGUGGCUUCAGUCAAUCGAGAAUUGCGGCGAUUCGUCGCCUGUAUACAGCUACAACGCAUUACGUCUGUGAUGAAGCAACACAUAUAUCGCGCCAAUGAAGACAUGUCGGCCCUCAUACCCGAGAUAGCUCCAUUUAUGGCGUCGCUGAAUCAAUACAGGGAAAGGCUGCCGUUGUUACCUCCGGAUGAUCGCGAGUUCGUGCAAAUGCAUUGGAACAACUGUAUCAGGGUUCUAUUGCAACCUUUUCUUCGGAUCUUGUCCCCGAGUGACCCGCUACUCCAGACAUGCCUAUCCGCUUCGGGCGAGAUGUGCCAGUCAUUUCGGAGGCUGCGACAAUCAGACUUUGGAUAUUCGUUCCUUCUUGCCAACUCCAUGUUCGUUGCCGGGCUUACUAUGUGUUUCUGCCUUCUUCGUUCGCCCGAUUUAUGGAGUGCUAUUGCAUCAAAUGACCUUCGGGCCUGUUCUUCCGCGAUGUCCACAAUGGCUGAACACAACCCGGCCUUGAAACAAUACCGCGAUAAUCUUGAUAUAAUUAUUGACAAAACUACGGACUGCGUCCACAAAGCGGUAGUAUCACGCAAAAGUCUGCCCUCCGCCAGGGAGUUUGACCUCCCAAAUUCUUCCGAAACUUCGAUGGGACCGCAAUACCCUAGUUGUGCAGACCAAUGGGCAGCUCUAUUGGAUGCGAGUACGCCAUUUGUUGAGUCAUAUAAUUUAGGCCUGCCCAAUCCACAAGAACUGCAGGAUGGGAGUGAAGGGCCGAGUCCUUUGUUUGAAGGGGAGAUGUUCAAUAUGUUUGCAGAAGACCUCGACUUUAAUCUGCAGCUUGAUAAUUUACCUCCAUGGUGA